GUUGAUAAAUUGUUUUUUGUUUUUUUAGCCUGAAUAAAAAGUUGUUCACCACUGGUUUGCACAGGUGGAAAAAGUUGACCUUAGCUGACACAACCCUUUAUUUUAUCUGAGCUGAAUAAAAAGCAAAACCUCAGACGAAAGAAAGUUGAAAUCAUGACUAACCUGAAAGCAUUAUUUUCUUUUGUGUCCUCUCUACAAUGGGGUGACCUCCCUUCAUUGUGAACGGUUGAGGGCGGCCGCUGAAUCCACAGGUCUCCGUCAGCCUGACUGUGCCCUCCAGUGGACGCGCCGAGCCUGAUGCCGCCGUUCAGCCAUGUUCCUCUGGCGUCAGCGCGGGGAUUAAAACCACGCUUCUUUUUUGAUACUUGAUCGGGAAGCUUCCUGGAGUAAACAUCCCCGCAGGGACGGAGCUCACUUCGAUGCAUCUGCAUGGCAGCAGGAGCGAGCGGCUCUCCGGGAUGAGGACACAGCGCGGCGGCGGCGCGUCCUGAGCCGCGCGAGACACGAAGAUUACGCGCAGAACUAAAGUUCGGAAGGAUUUAUUGUUCAGCUUUAAGGGGGUGACCUCUGACUUGAGGUCUGGACCUGAGGCACCUGCAGGGCCACAUCACUGCAGCAGAAUGGGCAACUUUUCCAGCAAGGACAAUCACGGACCCGUAGGCACCCAUGUAGAGAACUUCCACACACCACCCUCUUCUCCACAGAGUGAUGGGGUUGGAUUCUGCCCCAGUCCUGCCCAGCUUCAAGCUUCAUCCUCACCUGCUGCACCAGCCGGCACAUCAAGUGGAAAGAAGUCACAACUCAGCCCCCCAGUCUCUCCCAGGACUCCCAUUCCACCCCCCGACUGGAGUCCCCCUCCACCAGCUAGUCCCAGAGUUAACCCCUUGCCCAAGACGUCAGGAAGCGCGUUUGGAGGUAGAGGACGGUCUAGUUUGGGGAGGAAUGGAGCUCUUCCUCCGAGUUCUACUUCAAGAACUUUGCCCUCCCCUGUAAAGAGUGUGGCCAUUAGCCCAAUAAAGAGUCCUUCCUCGGUGUCCACUGCUGCACCGGUUACCAGCUCUGUGGGGCAGAGCUUGAAGGAAAGAGACGGUGGUGAGAAGCAGCCUGUGGCACCAGUGCCUGAGGAUACGAACAGCCAGGAUCAGGAGCUGGUGGAGUUGUUGAAAGAGUGUGUAUCAACGUUGGGAAGUUCUUCAUUGCAAGACGGGACUCCAAGAACAAAAGAGAUACUCAAACAUCUGCUGACAGAGGUGAAAAGCUUAAAGACUACUUUACAGACGGAGCGGGAAGAAUGGCUGCAGUUCCAAGGGGACCUCCAGGUGGCGGUGUCGGUGGCGGACCGUUUGAGAGCCGAGAUGGAGGAAGAGCUGGUGGCUCUCCGAAAGGCCCACAAAGACACGGAGAGGGAGCUGGCGGCGGCCCUGCAGAGGCAGAAAGAGGCUGACAUGCGGCUGGUGUCACUGCAGGGAGAGCUGAAAGAGAGCAGGCAGAGACUGACCACUCUAACCCGAGCCCCCGACAAAGGUGAGGCCCGGGAUUCACGUCCGGCACUAGACGGACCCGGUGCAGAAUCCAAAUCCGAACACAGAGGAGGAAGUGAAAGAGGCCGGGGGAUGGGAAGUAAAAGUCCAAGUGAUGCUGGCGAAGCUGCGAGAAUGGAUUGUAAAGGUGUGACUAAGAGGUAUCUCCGGAACGUAACCAAUGAGGACAGAGAUGGGAAGGAUGUGCGGUCCAGUGAGACGCGAAGAGCGGUGACCUCAGAGAGGUCGAGAAGUCUGUCCAGAUUACCUGCCUCCUCCGACGCCGUCACCACGCAGAACGGAUCAACUCAACCCAACUCUGCUUUAACACUUGAAACCCCAAAGAACUUUGGACAGCUAAGAGCUCGGAGAAGUUUAGAUUGGCAGGACAGUCAGCUGAACAGCGAUGCGGGAAAGCGUGAGGAGUCUUUAAACAAGUAUAACUCCGCUCUCACUGAGUUGCCGCACACAAAUAUUGAUAUCGCUGUCAGAUCCCAGGAUGGUUUGAGCUUGCUGCUGCGUCGUCACGGAGGCUCAAAGAGGAACUCUCUGCUCCGCUGGUGUCAGAACCGAACCCAGGGCUACAAGAACAUUGACAUCACUAACUUCAGCAGCAGCUGGGCGGACGGCCUGGCCUUCUGCGCCGUCUACCACACUUACCUCCCCUCCCACAUCCCUUUCAGCACCCUCUCACCAGAGAACAAGAAAGAGAAUCUCAGCCUGGCGUUCAAGACCGGAGAGGGUGUGGGGAUUACUCAAUCUCUGUUUUUAUUCGACAGACGAUAGAGGAGAUGCUGCGAGCAGGUGGACCCGACUGGCAGAGGGUACUGAGCUACGUGGAGAGCAUGUACCGCCACUUUGAGAUGUGACCGCCAUUUGUGGGUGUUAGGAGACCUAACACGAAAGAUACAAGUAUUAUGGUACCUCUAAUGCAACCUUCUCUUGGAUGGCUUUAAAUGCCUCCUUUGUAAGUUAUAACAUUGUUUAUAUCAUCUUGGAAAUAUAAUUAUUUUAGGUAAACAGAACAGUUAAUGCCACAAAAAUGUACAAAAAAUGUUAUUUUUCUGAAUUAGAUUUAAUUCAAAUUGAUAAAUGCUCCUGAUUAGAAACAAAAUUAACUUUCUGACCACUAACGAUAGAGAUGUUUAGUUGCUGUACAUGUCUCUACACUGGUACUUCAUACUCAGAAAGUACUGUACUUCAUAAAAGCUUUAACUUCACAUGGUUUCAGCUGUAAAAAUAUUUGCCUUUCAGCUUUUAUGUGUGGCCAUUUCCAGUUUUUUCACUCACUCUGUAGACAAUCACUUCUGUUUCAUGCUUUGGUUGCAUCAGAUCGUUGUGCCCAGCUUUGGAAAAAGCCAAAAAAAAAUCCACAUCAGGAAGUCUGAAAGAUUCCUGCCUGUUUCCCCUCUCAAAGUGCCUCCGUGUUCUGCCUGUGUGUGCGCAGGUCUAGUGUCCUUGCUUGUGCUUUGCAAAAAUAAUAAAGCAAAAGCGAAUGCAGGCCCAUACAAGCAUGCACCUUCCAUUUCAACAUCACCUGAAGUCUCUCAUGCAUCCACACUCUCACACACCUGGAACUGCUUUGACAUGAAGCCAGGUCUAUUGCCAAAGCUGUACACGUCAAACUGUGGAAAAAUGUGCCUUUGAUUGUGAAAUAAAUGUAUCUACUGUUAGAACACGAUGCAAAAGCAAUAAAGUGUUAAAAUAUC